UUGGAAUGGAAGGGGGUCAACAGAGAGGUUAGAGGUAGAUUUGCAGUUUGGGCUAAAUAUUUGCGGUAGUAUGGAUAAAAACUCCUAAAAUUUUGUGGCGCUGUAUGAUUUUUGUCUAAAUCCGUGUGGUAUGUAGAUGAAAUUUCCAAUUUGUGGAGGGGAUUUGCUAAUUGGCAUGCGCGUUAGAGACCUGCACGGUUGUUACAAAGUCAAAGCAUCAUUUUCAUCCCAUAGUUUGAUCAUUCAAACUUUCUUGGAGGAAAGAAAAACCGUGUGCGCACAUUCUUCAUUUGACAUUUCCACUGUGGAAGAGUAGUAUUUCCACCAGAAUUGUUCAUGUGGCACGUUAGCUUUCCAUAAAUUGUCGUUUGUUUUUUUAUUUUAGUUUUACCCACACUAUUCCCACAUUUUCUAGGUCCAACUGAACGACUGAAUGGUUAUUGGACAUAAAUUUCUUGACAUCACAAUCUUGGGUGAAGUCAACAAUCUUCCAAAACAGGGUGAACCAUUUGAGGACAUAAAUUGUCUCAUUCUCUCAUCAAUCAGCCAUACCAUCCUAUUGGGGCUGAGGACUUGUACUUGAGGCAGGGAUAUUCUCCAGAUUUGUAAUCCCAUCUGGGUUUAACCCCCGAUCAAGCAAUAAGAGCUAGCUUUGAUAUUGUUCUAGAGAGAUAUUUUCACAUGGUCAGCUGUUAAGCUUCUGUACGUAUUAAGGUUGUAUUGUGAAAUACCAAGAAAAUCUUAUCGGUCUUGGUGCAGAAGACUCUCUUGCUCAAUUUUGUUCAGAAAUUGGUACAAUGGAUUCCCCGACAAAUAUUUAUGCCGAAUGUAUGCAAGCAAAGGUUAAGGAAUGGUACAGUAACAAUUGGGAGGCUGGCAAAACACAACCACCAAAAAGCACAGAGGAUGGGAAGCUAUAUACACCUGCAAUUGUGGAUUUGUUCAGAAUAUUGACUGAGCAAGUGCAGAUUAUUAGAGAAAAUAGCGGAUAUAUCGUGCUGAGUCAAAUUGCUCUUGAAGUUAUACGUGUCAUGCUUGAUUUUCAAGAAGCUGAGAGGCAAAUACUCAAGGAACCAGCUUCAGAUGUUGGUCUGGAAUCUCUAUGUGCAAUGAUUAACAACAACCUGCAUUGCUAUGAACUUUCAUCAGAGCUAAAUAGCAGCAUAUUGGAAGCGCUUCCACAAAACUACGCUGAACAGGUUAAUUUUGAAGAUACUUGCAAAGGAUUCCUUGAGGUUCUCAAGGAGACAGUCCUUCAAACUGUCACCGUUAUUUUUGAAGACCCAGGUGUGAAGGAUCUACUAGUGAAACUUUACCAAAACGACUGGCUGGAUGGAAUGGUUACAGAAUAUCUUGCUGCAACAUUUGCUGAUUAUUUCAACGAUGUCAAACAAUAUAUUGAAGAAAGCUCAUUUCAAAGAUUUGUUGAGGCUUGCCUAGAGCGAACAAUUGUGGUAUAUGUUGAUCACCUCCUUACACAGAAUAACCAUAUAACUUCAGGAACAAUUGAAAGGAUGAGGAUAGAUGAAGAAGUGCUCAUGGAUUUCUUCACAGAACACAUUAAUUGGACAGAAGUUAAAAACAGAGUACGGGUUCUGGCUGAUCUAAGGGAGCUUGCUUCGGCUGAGAGUCUGGAUGGUUUCACUGUGAUUUAUGCAAAUAUUCUGGAACAUCAACCAGAUUGCCUGCCUAAGGUUGUUGAGAAGAUUGUGGGAAUGCGGGAAGGCAUUCCCAGUAAUGAAACCAUAGAGGUUGUACAAGAGUGCAAGGAGAUAUACGAGAAGUCUCUUGUAGAUGGCAAGCCUAAAAAUUCUUGUUUUGUGUUUGGCAAACUGAAGUGCCUAACAGAUUAACAUGUAGAGAAGGCAUACACAGGAAGACAGUAAAUAUAUAUGUAUGCGGCGAAGUUGCGUAGACUGAAUUCAGAUAAGAGAAUUGUUUCAUGUUCUUGUGAUAAUUCAUACAACUAUGUAUAUUUUUUAUGACACCACAUUUUUCAUAAAAGAGUACCAAGUUUCCAAACAUGUAUUUGA